AUGCUGCACCACGCCAUGCGUCCGGGGGUAACAUGCUGCACGCCAGGCGCCUACACGGACUACAUCGAGUUCCAGCACUCUGAUGACCUGGACCUAGGCAUUGACAGCCAGCCGCUUCUCAGCAACGGCGAUGGCCCCAGCGAGCCGCGUCUGCCGUCGCUGGUGGGCGACACCAGGCGCCUGAACGGCGCCAGCGGGGGCGGCGGCGGCGACGGCGACGAUGGGGAACAUGGCGGCUCUGGCGGGAGCAUUUGGACGACGAUUGCCAGCAUAUGGCGGGGUACCCCCGAGAAUGCACGAGUCAACCACCAAUACACCCAGGAGGAGAAGCGGCGGCUCAACCACUUUGAGAGCAUCGACUACCUGCCCCCCAACAGCAUGGUCUACCGCAAGUGGCUGGCGCGGCAGCCGCACCGCCGCCUUUGGGACCGGUGGGUGAUGAUGGGCAGCAUCGGCUUCACAGUGGGCCUCGUGGCUUAUGCGCUCUACGUGCUGAUUGGCGUGCUGGCCGAGUUCAAGUACGGCGUCACCCGCUGGCUGAUCCUGCACACCAACAUGGUGGUGGCCUGGCUGUUCAACACGGCCACCAGCCUCGCGCUGGUGGCGGGGUCCUCCCUGGUUGCGGUGGGGUACGCGCCGGCGGCGAUCGGCAGCGGCGUGCCCGAGGUCAUGGCUUAUCUCAACGGCGUGAUGAUGCCAAAGGUGUUCAACAUCGCCACAGUCGGCGUCAAAAUUCUCUCCUGCGGCCUCGCCGUGGCCUCCGGCCUGCCCGUCGGCCCCGAGGGCCCCCUCAUCCACAUCGGCGCAGCCCUGGGCGCGGCGCUGUCCCAGGGCCACUCCACCACCCUGGGGUUCACCACCAACGCCUUCAGGCGCUUCCGCAACCCCAAGGACAAGCGCGACUUCGUGACCGCCGGCGUCGCGGCCGGCGUCGCGGCGGCGUUCAACGCGCCGAUCGGCGGCCUGCUGUUUGCGUUCGAAGAGGUGGCCAGCUUCUGGCAGCACAGCCUGGGGUGGCAGAUCUUCUUCGCGUGCAUGUGCGCGACGCUGACGCUCAACCUGCUGCGGUCGGCGGGGAAGGCCAUCCUGCACAGCCGCCUGCUCCUUGCCCGUUGCCCCUAA